AGCAAAGAUGGGGCACAGUCAAGAGAUUCUGGUAGUGUUAGUGAUACUCUGUGGAGUGAUGGGUACAAUGAUCAAGCUCAACAAUGGUGGAUUUGAAGACAUUGUUAUUGCAAUUAAUCCCAAUAUCCCAGAAGACAAGAGAAUUAUUGGAAAUAUAAAGAGCAUGGUGAAAAAGGCAUCCAGAUAUCUCUUCAGUGCUACAAAGCAAAGGUUUUAUUUCAAGUCUGUAAAAGUUAUAGUUCCUUUCACAUGGAUACCGAGAAAAGAAUAUAAAAAACCAACCAUAGAAACCUAUGAAAAUGCUGAUGUCAUAAUAGCUGGUUCUAAUUUGAAAUAUGGCGAUGACCCAUAUACCUUACAGUAUGGAACUUGUGGGGUUCCAGGACAAUACAUUCAUUUCACACCAAACUUCCUGACUGAUGACAAUUUAAUCACUGUUUAUGGACCACGAGGCCGAGUCUUUGUCCAUGAAUGGGCUCAUCUGAGAUGGGGAGUCUUUGAUGAAUAUAAUAGGGAUGCACUUUUCUAUACUGAUGGAAAAAAGAAGAUUGAAGCAACAAGAUGUUCAGCUGAUAUUUCUGGUCGAUAUGUGUUUCCAACUAGAAGAAGAAAAUUUAGAAAAUGCUGGUUCCAAAGGAAGACUCAGCUGUAUAAUCCUGGAUGCCAAUUUGUGCCAGAUAAAAACCAAAAUAUUUCAUCAUCUAUAAUGUACCUGCAAAGCCUACCUUUUGUUACCCAAUUCUGUGACAAGAGUAAUCAUAAUAUCAAAGCAACAAAUAUGCAGAACAAAAUCUGCAACUGCAGGAGUACUUGGGAAGUAAUUAUGAAUUCUCCGGACUUUAUGGGAUCAUUACCAAUCACUUCUCCUCCACCUGACCCCACAAUUUCUGUGAUGCAAACACAGGACCGAGUUUUGGGUUUAGUGCUUGAUGUUUCUGAAACUAUGAAUGAGCAUAAUCGUAUUAAUCGCCUGAAGCAGGCUGCAACUUUGUUCCUUCUACAGUAUAUUGAAACUGGCUCCUGGGUUGGAAUUACAACAUUUCAAAGCAGUGCACAAAUUAAGGUUUAUUUACAACAGAUUGUCAAUGAUAAAGUGCGCCAAGGCCUGUCAAAGUUUUUGCCUACUAUAGCCAGCGGAGAAUCAGACAUUUGUGCUGGAAUAAAUGAAGGAAUUAAGGUGCAAAAAGCUACUUUUUUCUUACGUGUUACAGGCUAUGAGAUUGUGCUCUUGACAAGUGGAAGUAACAUAACUAUCAGCUCUUGUUUGACUGACGUUAAAAAUAGUGGCUCUAUAAUUCACAUAAUUUCUCUGGGAUCAAGUGUUGCAAAUGAAUUAGAUACAUUGGCAAUUAUGACAGGAGGCUUCAAGUUUACCUGCAGCGAUAGCUUGAAUUCCAAUGAUCUCAUAGAUGCUUUCACUGGGAUUUCAUCAAGAAGCAGAGACAUCACUCAACAGACAAUUCAGCUUGAAAGUGAAAGUGAACACAUUGAUGGCUACAGAUCUCUUGAGGGUAUUGUGUCCAUUGAUUAUACUGUGGGAAUGAACACUUUCUUUGUAGUUACAUGGAGUGAAAACAAUUCACCACCACAAAUAAUCCUGAAGGAUCCGAAAGGACACAAAUAUUAUCAUGGUGACUUUGUAGUUGACACCAACAUCAAACUAGCUCGACUCAAGAUAAAUGGACUUGCAAAG